AUGAGUAGAAAAGGAGUUAUAACCAAAAGAGUGAAGACUGGUCCAGACGGCUCUAUCGAGAAACCGCGCCAACCGUGCAGAGCGGCUGGCCGAGGAACGAAUGUUCCGCGCCGGCCAAAUCCAUCCGUCCUGAAGUCUCGGCCAAAGUUCAAGUCCAAAUCCGGCCGAGUACACAUCACGACCCGGGAAGCAAUGUCCCGCGGUCGGCCACCACAACCACUCACGAUGCCGCGCACGACCAUGCCGCGCGAGCCGGGAAGCAACGCCUCGCGGCCGCGCAACCUACUCACGUACCGCGGCCGAUGGCGUCCGAUCCGGAAAGCUACGCCUCACGUCCGGCCGAAAUCAUCGACCGUUCCGAUCGUACCCAGAGCGGCCAUGACCCGAUUGUCCGGCCGAUCGUCCCGCCGACCGUCCGAACGCCGCGGUCGACCCGAAGCCCGUUUUGAAGCCCAUUUACGUAUUUUCAGCCCGGCUUAA